GGUCCGCCACGGAGGAGAUGACGGUGUGGCAACAGUGUUAGGAGUAUAGGAAGUACUCUCCAGGCGAUUUGUUCUUACUUGUGUGAAACGAGGCCUUAGCUGUCUCCCUCCUGCGAGGCUAGCCAUGCCGCCAGUGGAAGGACCGCCCGCCGAGGAGAAGAAGAAUGUGGUGGGCUUUAUUUAUCCGCCGCCUGAAGUGAGGAACAUUGUUGACAAGACUGCAAAUUUUGUUGCAAGAAAUGGACCAGAGUUUGAGGCUCGGAUUCGACAGCAUGAACAGAACAAUCCUAAGUUUAAUUUCCUCAAUCCUGGUGAUCCAUACCAUGCUUAUUACCAGCACAAGGUCAAUGACUGUCGCACUGGGAAAACAGGUGAGAAGGAAUCCUCUAUCCCAGGACGUCCCCAACAACAGACUGUCUCUCAGGUGCAGCAACUCAAACAACAAGAAUUACUACGUUCAGCAGUCUUGGAGGCAACUGCCCCCAAGGAACCACCACCAGAUUAUGAAUUCAUUGCAGAUCCCCCUUCAAUAUCUGCAUUUGAUUUGGAUGUGGUCAGGCUGACGGCACAGUUUGUGGCACGUAACGGCAGGCAGUUCUUAACAACGCUAAUGAACCGAGAGCAAAGAAAUAAUCAGUUUGACUUCUUGAGACCCCAACACUCUUUGUUCCAGUAUUUCACACGCCUCUUGGAGCAGUACACGAAAGUUCUAAUCCCACCCAAAGAUUUAAUGAAACGCCUCAAGGAAGAAGCCCAGAGUGCCCAUGCUGUCAUGAAGCAGGUUAACCAGCGUGUGGAAUGGGAACGCCACCAGGCAGCUGUUAGGAAGCGGGAAGAAGAGGAUGCUGAAAGGGAAAGGCUGGAAUAUGCUGCAAUUGACUGGCAUGAUUUUACAGUGGUUGAAACUAUUGACUAUCAGCCUUGGGAGGUUGGCUCUUUUCCACCACCAACUUCUCCUGCUGAAGUAGGCCGACGUGUCCUCCUCCAAGAGCGCAUAGAUGAAGGUGUUACUCCUGACACAGACAUGGUUUUGGGAAGCGAUGAUGAGGAGGAACCAGAGGAAGAGCAAGGUGCUCCUGGUGAUCGGGAUGACACACAGGUGCAGGACAUGGAGGAAGAAAGCAGUGAAGAGGAAGAUUCUGAUGAAGACACACCACCUCAACCACAGAUGCCUCCUCCUCAACCAGACAUCAAAGUGCCUCAACCGCCUUUACCAAGAGAACCACCUCAACCAGCUCCUGCCCCACCUGUUGCUGGUCAAGUUGUGGUCAAAGAUUAUGAUCCUCGGCAACAGCCUCGCCCAUCUGCUGGUGCUACUUCCUCAGACCAAUAUCUUGUUUCACCAAUUACUGGUGAGCGUAUUGCACCUGACAAGGUUGGUCAGCACUUAAGAAUUAACAUGUUGGAUCCUCGUUGGCUUGAAGACCGAGAUCGUCAGAUGGCUGAGAAGACCAAUCAAGACACUGUAUUUGCAACAGGAGAAUCCAUUCGUUCCUCACUGAAGCAGUUAGCAGAACGCCGUACUGAUAUUUUCGGUGCUGGAGAUGAGGAAACAAUAAUUGGUAAAAAGAUUGGAGAGGAGGAAAAACGAGAGGAGAAGGUGACGUGGGAUGGGCACACUGGAUCCAUGGAGGCUGCCACAAGAGCUGCUCGGGCAAAUAUUUCCAUCAAUGAGCAGAUUCACCAGAUUCACAAAGUGAAAGGGCUACUUCCUGAUCAAGAGAAAGAAAAGAUUGGUCCUCAGCCUAAAUUACCAUCUUCCACCACCUCGACCACUAAUGUACCUCGACCUGCCCCCCUACCGCCACCUAAACCCCAACCAGCACCUCCAAAACCACAGCCUCCUCCCCCACCACCAAAAUCUGCCCCUCAGCCUGCACCAGCUCCACCUCCCCCAAAACCUGCAGUUGUAAAUCCUACUCAAUCAAUGAUGGCAGUGAACAUCGGUGCUCCACUUCCUCCCCCAAUGGCUCCCAUGGUUCCUCCAGGAAGUGGUGUGAUGGUAGUGCCCCGCUCACCUGUUAUGAUGGCCCCCAGACCUGGUGGAUUUAUGCCUGGCCCCCCAGCUGCUCCUGUAGGGGGCUUCAUGGCCUCACAACCUCAGCCUGCACCACCUGCUGGGUCACAACCAGGAGUUGGUGGAGGAAUGGGAAAUAUGGGAGGGGGAGAUAAGGAUGAAGAUGAAGGUCCUGCUGCCAAACGAGCCCGUACUGAGGAGACACUUGUGCCUGAAACAGAAUGGACCCGCAGAUUCUCUGGUCCUGUUAAAUUCCAAGUGGCAGUGCCAGUUGUGACAGACAAACCAGAGUGGCGACUUUCUGGCCAGACACUUACUCUUACUCUUCCUCUGACUGAUCCAGUGUCUGUGGUUAAGGCCAAAGUUCAUGAUGAGACUGGUCUUCCUCCAGGCAAACAAAAGUUGGCUAGAGAUGGUCUGUUUUUCAAGGAUUCUCAAUCACUUGCAUAUUAUAAUGUAGGACAUGGCACUGUCAUUCAACUUCAACUUAAAGAACGUGGUGGCCGUAAAAAAUAAGUUUUAUAUAUAUAUAUAUAUAUAUAUAUAUA